AUGCGACCCCCGCACAUAUAUCUGCCCACUAUCAACGUCGACAACUGGAUUAACGAAAUCAAUACUCAUUUUGAUAACGGAAGCCUUCCAUAUCAAGUUUUUUAUGGUAAAGAAAGAUCGACCAUUCAGUUUCAAGAUAUUUCCAGAGUUGCGAUUGUUCUAGCAACAUACGAAUCCGUUUGCAUAUCGGGAAUCAAAGAAAGUAACGACAGUCAACAGAUAGGAACUAGUGAUCAAGGCAGGAAGAAAAAAAGUGGUCUGAAUCUUUCAAAUGUCAGAUGGUUUCGAAUUGUACUUGAUGAAGCACAUUAUAUGAAGGAUCCCAAGACGAAUCGAAGUAUAGUACUCUUGAGCUUGAAGGCACAAAGAAGAUUGUGCCUGACAGGUACACCCAUGCAGAAUAACCUUGGCGAUCUGCACAACUUGCUGAAGUUUCUUCGACUAGAACCCUGGUCAAACAAUUCAAUAUGGAAGCAAUGUGUUGAGCUACCGGUUCAGCUGUGUGAUCCUCGCGGUAUUUUGACGCUUCAAAAUCUUAUGAAUGGAAUCAGCAUGAGAAGAUUAAAAACAACAGUCCUAGAGCUGCCCGAAAAAGUUGAAAGGGUUAUCAAUAUUGAACUCAAAUCACCAUGGAAUCAAAUCUACGAGAAGAACCAUGAAACAUUUGCGGUACAGUUUGGAAAAAAUCGUGUUGGCGGACAAGGAUGGAACUCUUCGGAUUUUUUUGGCGAACUAGUCGAUUUACGGCAACUAUGUGAUCACCCAGCUUUGAUUGAAAAAGGGCCUGGAAUAAACAACUACGGUUGGAAUGAAAGUUCGAAAAUUGUACAUCUGGUUGGAGAUGUCAAAGAUUUCCUUUGUAGUGGAGCUGUAAAUCGGGUGGUAAUAUUUUCAGAGUUUAAGAGGUUUCUGGAAAUGUAA